CAUAAAACGGUUUUUCAAAAGUCACGAUGUAGCUGAAGGCACGCUGAAACAGUCACGAAGUUUUAACAGAGUUGCAUCAAUACCCUAUAUAUACGAAAGACGUUCAAACUUAAAAUUAAAGUUUGACUGAAGGAGUUCAAAUUAGUGAAACAGACAUGUCUGUCGGAAGACCAAUUGUUCUUCUGUGCAUCCUGGUAGUAUCAACGCCAACGUCGGCAAAAGAUCGGCACUAUUUUAUUUCCGCGGAUGAAGUUGAAUGGAAUUAUGCUCCAUCGGGUCAGAACAAAGUCACCGAUGACCAGAGCUACCCUGCUGAACUGAUUGAAAAUCGCUCCAACAGAAUUGGUAGCACCUACACCAAAAUUAUUUACCGUGAAUACACUGAUGCCACUUUCUCAAACCUGGUUGACGUCCCUGCUUGGGCAGGGUUUGUUGGACCCUUAAUCAAAGGGGAAAUUGGUGACACUUUAUACAUUCACUUUCGAAAUAACGCAGCGUUGAUUCAAAGAAAUUUCAGCGUGCAUCCUCAUGGUUACUUCUAUAACAAAGGAAAUGAAGGUGCAGUUUACAUAGAUGGUACUUCUGGAGCACAAGCUCUGGAUGAUGAUGUAGCACCAGGUGAAACCUUCACAUACAUAUGGGAAGGCAAUAAGCUUCACAAGCCCGACAGCAAUGACUUCCAUGACAAGUGCGCAGCUUUCACUUAUCAUUCUCACGUACUUGCUUCUAGAGACGUAGACAGUGGACUUAUGGGAGUUGCUCUGAUUUGCAACAAAGGUACACUCGAUGCCAACAACAAACGCAGAGAUGUAGAUAAAGAACUCUUCGUCUAUGCAGAUAUCACUGAUGAAAAUAAUAGCUGGUAUAUAGAGCACAACUUACAGAAAUGUGGCAACCUCAAUGAAUGCACUACUCAUCAUACCAAUGGAGACGAUGACUUUGCCAAAAGCAACGAAAUGGCCCAUAUCAACGGUUAUGUUUAUGGUAAUUUGCCAGAUUUCAACGUCUGUAAAGGGACAAGUGUAGUCUGGUAUUUCAUGUCAGUUCAACGUGGGAUACAUACACUACAUAUAAACGGACAGACAAUGGUUAUAGAAAGGAAACGAACUGAUACAGCUGCGCUUCAUCCCGCAAGCGUUUAUUCUGGUUUUAUGACACCUGUGAACCCUGGCAGAUGGCUACUUUAUUCCAGAAACCAGGAUUAUUAUGUCGAUGGAAUGCAAGCAUUUUUGACUGUAGACCAAUGUCAAACUAACACUGGAGUUGUGUCUCGAAAUUAUUAUCUUGCCAUAGAAGAAAUCAUUUGGAAUUAUGCUCCAGGGAAUGUUACUUAUCCAUCUGCAGAUGUUUUCUUGGAAAAUGGCCCUGAGCGCAUUGGUUCUACGUACAAAAAAGCGAUGUUCAUAGAAUAUACGGACGACACGUUUACUAACCCUAAACCACGUGAGCAGCACUGGGGUUUAGCCGGUCCUCCAAUCAAAACCCAAGUUAAUGAUCAUGUGGUCGUAAAAGUGUUAAAUAGAGUUAACAGAACGUUUUCGUUUCUUGUAAAUGGUGUGGCUAUAACAAAACUAAACGAAGGGGCUUUUUACAAAAAUGACCCACAAGAUUCAGGAUUAAGCGGCUCGUUGAUCCAACCAAAUACUGAUAGAACAUACGAAUUCGAUGUAACCGAAGAUGUAGGACCUGAAGCAAAAAACGACGAUUGCAUCACAUAUAUAUAUCAUUCCGCCGUAGACCUUAACCGAGACAUUCACACCGGGCUUUUUGGUCCCUUUCUCGUUUGUAAACCAAGAACACUAGCAACUGAUGGAAGCGCGAUCGGAGUGGAUAAAGAGUUUUUCUUGAACUGGAUGAUUAUUGAUGAGAACUUGUCUUGGUUUAUAGACGACAAUAUAGCAACACAUACAUCCGGACAACCACCAGUUAAUAAAAACGACGAAGACUUUCAGCUGUCAAAUCAAAUGAGAGCUAUAAACGGGUAUACAUACGGAACACUUCCUGGAUUGGAGAUGUCUCCUGGUGAACGGACCGUCUGGUAUAUGUAUGGUCUAGGAGGUCAGGCCGAUCAUCACCACUUCAGCUUUGAGGGAAACAACUUCGAUUUCGACAGCCGACACCUUGACACAACCUCAGUAUUCCCUGGCAUUGGACAGGCGGUUACUAUGAUCCCUGAUCAAACAGGGUGGUUGUUGCUACGUGAUGCUCAACUUGAGCUUGAGCACGAAGGAAUGUUUGCAUGGUAUAAUGUUUCUGGUGAGACUGUGAGUCUGAAGGCUGGUAUUCCACCGGGACAACUUGGUAUUACACGUCGUUAUUAUAUCGGUAUUGUCACAGAAGACUGGGAUUAUUGUCCGACCAAGAUUGAUCCAGUUGAUGGAGAAAGCCUCCUGGAUCCAGAACAUCCAGGAUACAUUUUCGUUCGCAAUGAUGGUCCAUUCCUCGGUACCGUAUAUACAAAAGUGCUUUACAAAGAAUUUACAGAUGACACAUUUAGUAUACAAAAAAAUCGUACAACCGACGAAGAACACCUGGGAUUAUUAGGGCCGUUCAUCCGUUGCAGUGUUGGCGACACAAUUGAAAUAGUGUUGAAAAAUUUCGAUACCACUCAUUCCUACAAUAUUGUUCCAAGAAAUCUAGUAUUUUCAGACGGUUCGUCAAUUACAGAAGCCACAUCAACGGGUCCAGGAAACAUGACAACAUACAGUUAUUUCAUCCCGGAGAGGUCCGGACCGACACCGGACCAGCCAAACUGUGUUGGUUCUAUCUAUACAUCAAGGACAAAUGCUCUGAAUGAUCCUUACAGUGGUCUUAUCGGACCUCUAGUUAUUUGUAAACGUGGCACGUUAGACUCUUCAGGAGAAAGAACGGACACGGUCGACAAAGAAUUUGCUGCUGGCUUUAUUAUAUUUAAUGAAAACCUAAGUACUCUGAAAGAAGUUAAUUUCGAAAACGUCUCAGCUACAAACAGAAACGAUGGAGAUUUUAUUGAGAGCAACUUGUACCAUUCAAUUAAUGGAUAUCUCUAUGGAAACCAACCAGGGAUUGUGUUUAAUGAGGGUGACUACGUGGCUUGGUAUAUCUUUGGGUUCGGUGCAGUGGAAGACAUUCAUACGGUACAUUUCCAUGGUCAACUGUAUUUAAGAAAAACAACAGUUACCACAAGGAGAGAUGUAACUGAACUUUUUGCAGGAACUUACGAGACCGUUGAGAUGUUGGGGUACAAUCCGGGCACCUGGCUGUAUCAUUGUCACUUAGCAGAGCAUCCAGUCGAGGGUAUGGAAUCGGCAUAUACUGUCCUUCCAAGUGCAAGAAGACGACGAAGGUCUUCUGUCACCUCUAUGCGUCGCCAGAAGCGAGAGGAACAUCUGCACAACCGACAACAAGGAAAGCUUGCACUUCAGUAGAAACUUGAACAUUCCCAGUCUCAGUUACAGCAUUUUGAUGGUUGAAAUCAAUAUCCAUAUCUUUUGCUGUUUCAAAUUAAAGUUGUAUUCGCGCAAAAGAAAAAAAUAACUUGUGAUCUAGCAUAUAAUUUUUUUCAUAAAGCUACUCUGAACAAAAAAAAAGAUCAUUUUCAUUCACGGUUUUACAGAUCUUUAUUUCAGCCAUACCACUCUAACUCUAAAUAGAUAUGUGCAAGGAAUCAUUUGAACGAUUUAUCAUAAUUAUGUCAAUUUCUGUAUUAUUAUUAUUCGGACAAUAUCAGUUGAAUGCUAUAUAAAUGUUUACUUCUGAUUGUGUCACAGCGCAUUACUAUAUUUGCAAGGAAAAUGUAUCUUUUUCUGUUAUUUCUUUGCCGCUUGGUUACGUACUUUGUAUGAUCAUGCGACUGCAGCGAGAUACUAUUACGUAACGUGGAACUUGAGCUGUACUAGUCUUAAGACCAUAUUUUUUACUUAGAACUUUUGAUCUCUAAUUACAAAGGUACAUUGUACAUGAAUAGGAAAGCAAAAAACUAAGUAAAUAAAUAAAUGUGGAAAAUGAAUCUCGGUGGGUAUGAAACUUAAUGAGAGUAUUUAGAAUACACUCCCUUAUACCCUAUUAGAUAAACCUGAGAAAAACCAUAACUUAUCUAUAAUAUUUAGCUGAUUAACUCUCAUUCGCUUUUCUUAUUCAUGUCCUGAACACUAUUCAAUAUUCAAUUGCUUAAGCUUACAUUGCGUUCCUUUAUACCUGCUGCGUAUUUUUAUAAAUGCUGAUGUAUUUUUUUUACAUCUUUAUUACAUAAGACACAUUCAUAAUUUGUCAUGAAAUUUAACAGAUCAGCUCAUCCAUAUACCGUAAUGAAUUAAUCUCCGUUCAAAGAAUUUAUUGGCAUAGUCAGCAAAACAAUGUAUAGAUAUAGUACUAGAGAUCUAUCAAUGAAAAAAUAUCUACCUUGCAUUUAUCUAUAUACUUGUAUAUUACAAGUUAAAAGGAACAACGAAAUAACUGUACGGUUAAAACCUUAGUGAUUUCAAUGACAGUUUUCAUGGUAAAUAAUUAAUGUUUUUGCGUUGACACAAGGUCCUCCUGCAAUAAUCCAUUUAUGAUUGUGGAUUAAAUAUUUAUCAAUGACUUGACAGGUAGUACUAUCUGCAAGAGCAGGUACAUGAAAAUCAAAUAAGAAGUUUCAGAAAAUCCUUGACAACAUCAAAAUGAUCAAAUCAAGACUUAAGAAUUAUACUAGGUCUUAAAAUUUAGAAUUUAGCAAUCAACGUUAUUUUUUAACAAUGUUUUUCAUAAUUUAGAAUUUUAGGUACAAUGUGUAUACACGUGAAGUAUGACAUAGAAAUACAGUACAAAUGAAUAAUUGCAUAACAAGUGCAAAAAAUGAUAUACUUCCGAAUUAUUGCAAACAAAGUGCACGUCGUCAUUUGCCACUUUUAACCCAAAGCACGCUUAAUCAGUUGAAAGAUGUUUUCACUUACAUAUUAUGUAUAACAAAUGUAUUUUCAUCUAUGUAUUCUUGUGAAUAUUCAUUUGCGGUGGAUUUCUGCGAUACCAGUACCUGAAAAUUGCUUAACAACAUCACUGAUUAUAAAAGUUAGUUUCAAAAUAUACGCAAAAUUAGUUAUUGCAAGUAAUUUAUGUGCCUUUUUACAAUUAUAGUUUAGGUGUUGAAAUAACAGGUCCAUUUACUAUUUUUGACAAUUCCUGUAUGAAAAUGUGCAAUUUAUUUUCAUUUUGAGCUGUAUAAAUAAAAAGCAACAGUCAAAUCUAUUCUUUCUAAGACCAGUGUUCAUUAAAAAUGUUUAUUUUAGUUGUGUAAGUUUAAUUUUAGCAAAUAUGUACUAGUCUAUAAAAACGCCCAGGCCCAUGCUCAUCAACGUUUAAACUUGGACGUAAGAAUGGCAAAUAUAGAAGUUGUCAAAACUUUAUAGCCUACCUCGAGGGGUGGGGAAUGCGAGAGAAGUGUAAAUGCUUUUUAUUCGUAUACACUGAGACCUCUUUCCCAUUCACUCCUCGAUCUAUAUUCAUGAAAUUUUGCAGCGCUUUCUAUGGCUAUAGAAUAAAAAAAAUCAUUCAUUCGAUUACUCUCUGUGCUAAUUUAACACUGACCAUGCAGCACAAGGAAAAAUUUCAAAGUCUAAGUGUAAUGUUCAGACAUUGGUGAAUGUGGGCCCUUGGCUAAAUAAAUAUUAAGAAAUUCAAAAUAGAACAUUUCAGUGUAUACAGUAACUUUUUAGCCUCUCUUAUAGCAUCGAUUGUAAUAAUAAAGAAAUUAUAUAUUCAA